GUAACCUGGGUCAUGACUUUUUGGAGCAACGACGACAUUUAUGAUUAAGACGACACCACAGCAAACGCACUCGCCCGAUUUCACUUCGUCGCGACUGGUCUCGCCUCCCUCGCUCGGCUCCGCGCCUGUUGGCCUCCAUGGCUACUAACGCCAAUCUGCCCUCUGGGGCCUUUCUUACGACGAUAGGGGGCAAGAAAUGCACGGCUGUCCCUUUCGCCGCGAGGAACGUGACCGUGACGACGUCUUCCUUGCUGACCACGACAUUGGUCACAUCAACGACAACGACCGCAAACUUGGAAGUGACUGCAUCCCCAGAUCUUUCGUCAUCAACCUCGGCCGAGUCUGUUAAGACUUCGCCAGCUGCCACUGUCCCAAUCGCGGUUCCAUCUCAGGCCGAGCCUUCAACGACAUCAGCAGUCACGACAACAGUAGCGACGCAAGUCACCACCACAUCUACCGAGGCUCAGACAACGGCACAAGCAACAACACAGACACAGGUCAUCUCAGCUAGCGUGCCUCCCGCCCAAAACCCACCUCCUGCGCAAGAUGUCGUUGCGCCUACCACGGCUGUCGCAACUUCAGCACCGGCUCCGCCACCGGCCCAGCCUCAGCCAGAGACCACUCAACAGCCAGUCCAGGAUCCUGCCCUGGCCCCGUCGCCAACCACUGCGACGACCACAGCAGCUAUCGUGCCCGGAGUGACAACGACAAACACUAGUGUGGCGGCCUCUGAGACCACAGUACCAGUGGAUGAUAGCACAACUACACCAAACGCGGCACCCUCCACGGAUGUGCCGGCGGACACUCAACCACAACCUACCGAGCAGCAGCCAGGGUCGGACGGACAGACCACACCGUCCACGACUGCCGAUGGUGUAGUCCUGCCCUCCACGGCGACAGCCACAGCAACGACGACAAGUACAAGUACAGCACCGCUGGGCGUACCCGUUCUGGCCGGACCGGGUCCGAGUGAGGCCUCGGAAGUUGUCGAGCCUGUCACGUCAACUAACGAACUGGGCGAGAUUGUGGUAGCUCCUACCCAGCCUGCAUCGCCUGACUCGCCUGGGGCUUCUUCGGCGCCUCGACCACCUGUCACUCCGAGCAUCUCAGAUACAAGACCUCCAGAGACCGCCUUGCCAUCGCUGGAGGGCGGCGGUGGUGGUAUGGGUCCUCAGGCCACUGCGGCUGUGGCCGGCGGCGUGGCUGGCACAGUUGUCCUGAUUGGUAUUCUGGCAUUCUUGUUCUGCUGGCGCCGGAGAAGAAGAAACGGACCACGAAGUCCCGGCUCGCCCGCAUCUACUGAGCGCGGUAUACGCGAGAAGGCACCCUACGUCAUCACGCGGACAUCCAUAGGCCCGACUCCUGUCAGCGAAAAGUUCAAGGCGUCCAUGGUUUACAAAUACCAGCAGGCAUCUCUUCACAUGGUCGAACUCGGCGUCAGAGCGGCUGAAGCUAUAGGGCUUCGCAAGCGGACGGAUGUUGAUCUCGACAGAGGACCGUCGCAGUAUGGGCCCCUGAUGGCAGGGGGACAUAGCCGCAAUAACUCGGGCUUUGGCUUACCACCCGCCACACUUGUACCAAAACGCGAUUUCCCGGAUUGGUGGGACCGCCUAACAGAAGAUGAAGCUCAAAACUGGACAAUCAAGCCGGAAGAUGGCGGCGCCCAACCUUCUAGGCAGCCUGCCGAUCAGACCACCGACCGAUCCAGUAUCCGUGCCAGCUCAAACGUGAUGGGCGCCAAUGCUGUCUCGAAUCAGGAUCCGCCGCCACCUAUUCCAACACGGAAAGGGCCUAUCGCCAACGACGGCGCCCCAGCUCCAAAGACUGGUGGUACUCUACAGCCUACGAAGGCACCUGCGUCUGGAAGGCCAGGUCAACCUCGGCAAGCGGCACCUUCAGAUCAUUUCUUGAGCAAUCUGGGCCUCAACUUUGACCCUGCGGAUCCUUUCUCGGACGUCAACUCAAUGUCACACGUCUCUGCCAUGGUCAUGCCUCUGUCCGCCCCGACUGGGACAGAUCCGUUCUCGGAUGCAAACGCAAUACCGACAAACCCACAAGCCAGAGGCCCCGCCAACUACGUCCAAGGAGUCCAGCAUGCGCGACGAGAAAGCCGCAAUGCUGUGAUGAGGCGGCAGCAGGCAGAAAGCGUGUAUCGGGAUUCGGCCGUCAGCGAAGAGUCCUUCCAGACACGACGCAACAGAGUCCGCUCCGACCCCUUUGACCUUGACCGACCGGAGCUUCGUGCUGCCAUGCCGCCCAACGCUGCAGAUCUCGCCAAUAAGGCCAAGGAACCUGCGCCGCCGCGCCAGGCGCAUGUGCGCACUCACAGCUCAUCCUCGUCCAAAUACUCGACGCAUACUGUGUCUGAGGCUGCUUGGAGCGAGCCUGGCCCAGACAUCGGUCCGGGCGUUGCACGCAAGCGGAGCAAUGGCAGUCAAACAAGCGUCGGUCGUGCCAUGUGAUCCCGUUCCCCCCAACUUGUGAUUUUAUGGGAGUGCGCUUUCAAGUCGUCUUUUCAUUAUGCACGUUGUUUCCCCCACAUUCAUUUCACCGUAUAUAGGCAUGCACGUACAAAAAGGAGCGCGUAAGGACCUGGGGUUCUUUUUGAAUUUUUGGCUAUACAUUCUAGGUAAUCUGCACACACUCAUUUC